GCUCGCACCAGCAGUCUUGAAAAAAACCUCUAUCAUGCAUAUAAAAUUGUAAGCCUGGCUAAUGUGUGAUAUUGUGUUUGUAGGACGUGGCGAACUGAUCUCACGCUGGGGCAGUCCUGGCGCAGGCAGGCCGGCGUCUGGACCCAUGGUACGUCGGGGCCUCUGCCAGUGGGAGAGUUGCAGUUGUGGCUUCGGAGGUGGCUCUGCUAAUUUUGGACAAGUGGCCUGCUGACCCUGACAUUUUCAGGGUGACGUAGCAGGGCUCGGGAUGCCACCGUGCUCUGCAGGGAUCUGCAGCCUGCACUGACGCACCUUGCCUCAGAGGACACCCCGAGGGACGCCAGGAGGUGGGUGCUCCCCGUCCUGGCUCUGGAUGUGUGCCACAUCGGUUUAUCAGUUUGGCAGGGGUGAAAAUAUGGCUGGAUGACGGCUGAGGAUGUGCUAUGGAGCCAGGAUUCAACUGCUCUGAGCUCUGCGAUGGCAGCUCCAGUUUUGGCAGCCAGGAGCAGCAGCAGCGGGCGCUGCAGGAGCUCUGCACUGUCACAGUGACAUCUGACCGCAGUGGGAAGAGCUCUCCGUCCUUCUCUGCUGCUCUCCUGGGAGUUAUGUGGACAUUCCUGACUGGAGGGGUCCUGCUAGCGCUCUUCUUUCUUGUAUUCACGAUUCGCUUCAGGAAAAACAGGAUCGUGAAGAUGUCCAGCCCCAAUCUGAACAUUGUGACCCUGCUGGGCAGUGGCUUGACUUACACUAGUGCUUACCUCUUUGGGAUUCAGGAGCAGAGCCUGCCAUCUGGAGACUCAGUGGAAAAGCUUAUUCAGGUGCGGCUCUGCUUGCUGUGUGUGGGGACCUCCCUGGUGUUUGGCCCCAUCCUGGGGAAAAGCUGGCGGCUCUACAAGGUGUUCACCCAGAGGGUGCCAGACAAGAGGGUGAUUAUCAAAGACCUCCAGUUGCUGGCAAUGGUGGCAGCGCUGGUGCUGGCAGAUGCCAUGUUACUCUUGACGUGGGUAUUCUCUGAUCCAGUCCAGUGCUUCCGAAGCCUCAGUGUCUCGCUGCGGGCGACAGAGAAAGGCAUGACCUGCUCAGUGAGCCGGGUGCAGUCCUGCGCAUCUCUUUAUUCCGAUCUUUGGCUUGUUCUCAUUUUAGGCUUUAAGAGUAUCCUCCUGCUGUAUGGCACCUACUUGGCUGGUCUGACUGACAACGUCAGCUCCCCGCCAGUCAACCAGUCCUUGACGCUCAUCGUUGGGGUCAACCUUGUCUUCCUGGCUGCCGGCACUGUCUGCUUAGUUCACCGUUUCUUCCGCACUUGGCACAACCUGCUGUUUGGUUUUACCUCUGGAGGCAUCUUUGUGUGUACAACCACGAUCAACUGCUUCAUCUUUGUCCCACAGCUCAAGCAGUGGAAAGCCUUUGAAGAAGAAAGCCAAACCGUCAGCCACAUGGCAAAAUACUUCACCAGCCCCAACAGGAGCUGCCGCUCAGUGUACAGUGAGGAGCAGCUCUACCAGCUGAUAGGGGAGAAAAACUCCAUGAAGCGACUGCUCACCGAGAAAAACGCCGUGAUUGAAAGCCUGCAGGAGCAAGUGAGCAGCGCCAAGGAGAAGCUGAUGAGGCUGAUGUCUGCGGAGAGCGGCUGCGACCCCCGUGCGCUGCCAGGGGCUCCUUGCACCCAGAGCUCAGGGCGGUGUGGGGAUGCGCCGGGGGUCUGCUGCCCCCCCGAUCUGGAGCAGGAUGGGUGGCAGCCUCCCAGUUUGCUGGGUACGCCACCUCUUUGCAGCGAUGCUCAGGACCUCCGGAAACAUGUGAGCCACGAGCCUGUUUGCUCUCCAGUGCUGCCUUUUGACACAGGGGACAGUAUUGAACGUGGCUUGAAAGAUAUCCAGGAGUGUGGAACACCUGCGGGGUGGGGGCAGCCUCCGGAGCAGCUGCCGGGCCAGGAUGUCUCAGCUGGCGUAGCCUGGGAGUCGUCCCCCAAAGUCAGCUACGUGAGCAGCGAGAAGCUGCGGGAAAUCUUGCAGGAGCUGAGCAGGGAUGGCAAAACCUACAGCCCGGCCUUAUCUGGGGGACCCCAGCGUAGCAGCCAGGGCCCCCCAAGUGAGCAGGGAGGAACAUGGGGGGCCCAGGAGGGCUACCAGGGCAUCCGCACGCCCCUCAGCCCCUACCUGGCGAGGCGGCGGCGGAGGAUCCCGCUGCCCUCCGCGUCCACCGGCUUCCCUGGACACAUGUCCCCUCAUUCCAGCCGCAGGGUGAAGGAGGCAGGUGGCUGGGGCCGUGGGGACUCAGCACGUGUCUCCCUGGGGAGGGAAGGGGAGAUGGCUGGCGGAGGGCUCCUUCACCCGCCAGCACCAUCCCCUCCAGCCAUCCGUGGGGAGGCCUGUCUCCAGCCAGAGGGAUGGCCAGGAUGGCCGGAGUCCCAGGGUGCUUCACCAUGCAUCCCGUGGGAGCCGCGGCGGCGGCAGCAGGGUGGCCCAAGGGGACCUGCGGAGCCCUCCCUGCACUCGCUGUACUAUUACCCGGACUCCGACUCUAGCAGCAGCAGCUCUGAGGAGAUGUUUCAUGGCUGCCACCGGCCCUGCUGUGAGCUCUGCUUCCAGAGCCCGCGUGGCUCCCUGGGCAGCAGCAGCACGGACACGGACACAGAGCCCAGUGGCUGCGCGGGUCACCGGACAGAGCACCACGGCGGGCCCCAGCCCGUGGUGAAUUUUAAAGAAGAUCUGAAACCCACCUUUGUGUGACUGGGAGCACCCCUGCCCUAAAGGCAAGUGCCCCCCCCCCCCUGCUGCGAAACACCGCAUGUUUUCUGUAGUGCUAAAGCCAUGUGUCCCUCCGAGGGAUGCAUCUUACUCCAGCAUCUGGGGUUUGGGAAUAAACCUUGCCCUGUUUUGGGCUGCUGUUUCAGCCCCAGCCUGGUCAGCGGUGACUGUGUUUGGCUGAGAGGUGGUUGGUAGCACUCAGGGAGGGUGGUGGUGGUUUUUUCUCAGCUGUUGCAGGCAGCUGCCUGUACCCUGCGGAUACCAUGUCUGUCCGUCUCAGUGUUGGCAAUGGAAGGACUGGAGCUGAGUGGCUUGUGAGAGCCCAAACUUCAUCACCUCAGGGAGGUUCCCCUGUGAACGCUGGGUCAUUCACACCGGUGAGCAGCACCGCGUUUCAGAAACACGCAUGGCUUCUUGCACGAAGCGGACAGGCAGACAGACAGACAGACAGGAUUCUUUCCCCGGGGCUGCGGAUGCCAAGCCCUGCAUCAGCACCCAGCUGGAGACUGGAACAGCCGGACCCAAGGAGCUCCCACUCACCUGGGGUACUGCUCCCUGGCAAAGCAAGGCCCUCAGAGUGGGGUGCAGGCAGGAGACUUUUGGGGAAGGGGGGUUUGGUAGUGUCUGACUGAGAAAAGUCUGAAGGUGCUAUCCCUAGAGGUGUCUUUGCAGUUUGUGUAGUUCAGCUGUGUGGUCGUAGGUGAGGCUUAGGUCAGAGCUGAAGGGAAAGACAAGCCAGCAAUAAUUGUAAAAGAGGACUUGAAAAGGGUUUGGGUUUUUUUUUCCCCCCCCUUGUUUUUUGGGGGCUUGUACCCUCCUUUAUGCUUUUGUAUGGAUGAUGUAGUCUGGAAUGAGGUUUGCUUAAAUUAAUACAGUCUGGUUCAUUUUUAUCUUAGAAAUAUCAAGAACAGUAAAUCCGACGUGUCUGCUUUUGUUGGGAUGUUUGUGAAGGCAUUUCAGUGUAUCAUUGCCUCCACAGGAGAAGUUUGGGAUGCUGAGACCCGUUGCCUAGGGCGUAAAAAACCCUCUGGAGAAAGGCUUUCUUACAAGGGCAUGUGACAGGAA